AUGCUUCUCUCCAGUAUCAAUAUUUACCCAACGUUGAAUUUUUUAGUCCUCACAAUAGUUACUUCUAUUGCCUAUCGUAUAAUUUACAAUUUAUACUUUCAUCCUUUGGCAAAGUUCCGUGGGCCAUGGUAUUCCUCUUGCUUUUCUCUCCCUCUAGCGAUUAUCUCGGUAAAAAGAUGGGAACAUCAAUGGGUAGAUGGUCUGAUCGAGAAAUAUGGAAGAGAUGCACCAAUUCGUGUUGCCCCUGAAAUGCUCCUCUUUCCACGACCAUCCGCGUUGAAAGAGAUAUAUUGGGACCGAAGUCUUAACGAAAAGUCCACUUUCUAUGGUACUGGUCUCUUUGGUCCGCCGAACGCAUUCUCUACCCUUCCAUCUGUUGCGCACAUACCUUUAAGGAAAGCGCUGGGGGCUGCACCGUGGGCACUCGGAGAAUUACGGAAAGAUUGGGAGAAGAGCAUGGAUGAUCAAAUACUCCUUUUUACUAAGAUUAUGACGGAGAAGGCAAAUGCAGGUGAAACAGUUGAUCUCUCUGAUAAGGUAGCAGAGUUCGCGGCCGAUUUUAUGACGGUGUUCUCAUUUGGUCAACCAUGGGGCUUCGUGAAAAAUAGUCGAGAUGAACGAGACUUACUCCACCACUGGAGAGAAUCCCUUGAUUUCGUUGGCUUUGUGGCCAGAUUCACCUUGUUUCGAAAAUACAUCAUAAAUCUUCCAGGGGUUGCAUCAUGGUUAUUACCCGAGCCCAGCAGUAAACGUGGUGUAGGAUAUCUAAUUUAUGAAGCCGAUCGUGCCAUCACGCAGCGUGAAUAUGAGACAUCUCAGGGCGUAUAUCCAGAGAAGCCUGACUUUUUACAACAUUGUCUCGACGCAAGAAUCAAUGACGAACCACUUACUCCCCUACAAAAACGUUCCCACGUGACCCUUCUCAUCCAAGCCGGCGCUGACACUACCGCUACUGCCCUCGGCGCCAUUAUUCGUUUCCUAGCUAUAACGCCCGGCUGUUACGAUAAAGCGCUGGCUCAAAUUCGUGAAGCUGAAUCGCAGAAUUUGCUUUCAACGCCAAUCCAGGAUGAAGAAGUGCGAGCUCAUCUUCCAUAUCUAAUCGGUGCUGUCAAAGAAGGUAUGCGUUUAAGCCCCAGCGUAACUAACUGGCUUCCGAGGAUCGUUCCACCAGAAGGGAAGAUGAUCAAUGGAUUUUUUGUGCCAGGGGGGAUGGAUAUUACGAGUCAAGCUAUGGUCGUACAAAGGGAUCCGAUUUUGUUCGGCCCCGACCCAGAUGCAUUUAGGCCAGAGCGCUGGAUGGAUGGUAAAGAUGUGGACUUGGAACAUGGUAUGUUCCUUUUUGGAGUGGGGCCAAGAGUUUGCUUGGGAAAAGAGAUUGCUUUGAUGGAAACCUACAAGUUAAUAUCCGAGAUCGUCCGACGUUUCGAUAUCGAAGUCUUCAAGGAGGGAAUAUAUACUUCCGCGGGUGGAAUAACAUACAACAAGGAUUUCAUCGUGAAAAUGCAUCCACGGACAGUGGAUUGA